CCCGCCCAGCUCUCGCCCCGCUCUCUGCCUCUUGUCGGUGGGUGAAGAUCGGCCACAGUGAUGUCUGCCUUCAACCUGCUGCACUUGGUGUCGAAGAGCCAGCCCGGGGCCCUGCGUGCCUGCGGGCUCCCCUCAGGGUCAUGUAGGGAUAAAAAGAGCUGUAAGGUGGUCUUUUCCCAGCAGGAACUGAGGAAGCGGCUCACACCCCUGCAGUACUAUGUCACUCAGGAGAAAGGGACUGAGAGUGCCUUUGAAGGAGAAUACACACAUCACAAAGAUCCUGGAAUAUAUAAAUGUGUUGUUUGUGGAACUCCAUUGUUUAAGUCAGAAACCAAAUUUGACUCCGGUUCAGGUUGGCCUUCCUUCCAUGACGUGAUCAGUUCUGAGGCCAUCACUUUCACAGACGACUUUUCCUACGGGAUGCACAGGGUGGAGACCAGCUGCUCCCAGUGUGGUGCUCACCUGGGGCACAUUUUUGAUGACGGGCCUCGUCCAACUGGGAAGAGAUACUGCAUCAACUCAGCAUCCUUGUCCUUCGUGCCUGCAGAGGGCAGCAGCGGCGCCGAGGGGGACAGCGGGGCCACCAGCCCUGCCCCGGCGGCCCGAGGAGACCUCUAAAGCCAGGGGGGCGUGCGAACAAAGUGCCCUUCACUCACUGCGAGCUCAAGAGUCAACACGGUUUUUCUUCGUAGAUCUAUUUUUUCAGAAACUCUAAGGGCAGUUUUGUGCUAUCGAUAUUUUCUUCCUUCUUUUGCU